CCUCUCUCUUUCUGUAAUCUGUCUUAGCGAUUCGCUCUCUCGCUCUCUCUCUAUCUCUCUCUCUCUGCUCUUCUUCCUUCUCUCUUUCUCGGUUCAUCAUCAUCUGGCCUGGGCUAGGGUUUAUCAGUGAUUUUUGGCAAUGGAAGCGUCAUCGUCGCAGCCACCUGAAUCUUCUGAUGAAACUGCUUCAAAGUUUCUGACUGACCUUCCUUCACGCGGUUUCUUGUCUUCUUCUACCGUCGUCUCUUCCAAUCCGGGAAGCUUACGGGUCUACAUUUGUGAGCAUGACACAUCUCCCCCAGAAGGACAAGAUAUCAAAACAAAUCUGCAGAAUAUACUAAUCAGAUCUCUCUUGUUAAAGAAGCAAAAAGGCGAAUCUAGCUCGAAAGAGGCCAAAGGAACCGCUGAAGAUGGUCCUAAAAAGAGGGCUGCAAAUAGGGCUCUGGACGACAGAAACCCAGCUAAAAGAGCUGCUAAUGUAUCUAGACAAGAAGGAUCAAGCAGUCGCACUGGCGAAAAAGACUUUCAGUCUUUGACUGUAGAGAAGCUCCGUACCCUUCUCAAGGAGAAAGGCCUCCCAACUAAAGGAAGAAAGGAUGAGCUCAUUGCGCGGCUGAAGAGUGCUAACUGAAGUUAAAGAGGGAUCAACAAGAUUGAGAAAACGCCCUGGUGAAUAUAUGUAUCUUUAGAGGUUUCCAAAUAGGAGAAUUUGUCAUAUGAAAAUUGUUGCUGUUCUUGAUCAAAACAUAUCCUUUGGAUCUCUUCUGAUUAUCAGGAAUGAUGGUACACUUUUGAUUUAUGAAUCUGGUUUGGUUUGGGUCUCA